GUCAAAGUGGAUUUUCAGUUGUCAGUCGUUGCUGGUGAAUCAAUGAAAAUAGACUAAGAAUAUGGCAUUCAAAAAGCGACGUAUAUUCGAUUUACGUCAAGUUCAGGCCGAACAACUUGCUUCCAGCACUACAAGUACAGCUCCAAUUGAUCAGAAUCCUAGAGAAGUACCAUCGAGAAGACAUAAGAGACCUCUGCAAUAUCUACAUCAAGCCAACAAAUGGUUCAGAGAGAACUUACGUAAUUAUUGUCAGACAACUUCGUUGCAUGGCUUUAAUUAUAUAACACGUCAGGAUAUAAGUCGGUAUGAACGUUGGUUUUGGAUUCUCGUGGUCUUUCUGGCCAUUAUUACCUCAAUUGUCUUGGUGAUUGUAUCUUGGUAUUCGAAUCGUGAAACUCCGACAGUCACGGUAAUUGAAAGUUCACAUUUUCCCACUUGGAACAUACCAUUUCCAGCUGUUACCAUUUGCAAUUUCAACAAAAUAUCAAAAACUAAGGCCACUGGACUUUUUGAAAGAAUUCGUUUACCCCCGAAUGUGACCAAAAUGCAUGUGCAUAAAUUAUUCAAUACCACACUCUUACCCGUUGAUCACAUUGUUAGUAAUCGUACAUUGGAGAUCUAUGAAAAGAUAUUAACAUUCAAUAAUCUUACACUGUCUCAAUUGACCCGUGAACUAUCGCCAGAUUGUAUAGAUAUGAUCACUCGUUGCAUUUGGAAGGGCAUAAGUUCACGUUGCGAUAGUCUCUUUCAACGCAUUGAGACCAUGGAGGGACAAUGCUGUAGCUUUAAUUACUUUGCCGCCCAAAAUAACAAUUUUCCCGAAAAAAUUGCCUAUCAAGUGCCGAAACGUCCUUAUCGUGUCACUGGUUGUGGGUAUCCCACUGGUCUUUCGGUCCUAUUGAAUCCCAUGACCUCGGAAUAUUAUGGCACCUUUUUCAGUGGCUAUGGUUUUCGUUUGCUCAUCCAUGAUGCUUACAAUUUUCCCGAUGAAAAUUCCGAGACUAAAGUUGUUACAUCGACUCGUGAGAGUUUUGUGAGAAUCAAUCCGGAAUCUACUUAUGCAACCAGUGAUAUACGGCGCAUGGAUCUGGCGGAAAGAAAUUGUCUCUUUGGCAGUGAACGAACUUUAAUUGGCCUUAGACGUUAUUCCUUUAUCAAUUGCAUGUUCGAGUGCCGAGUGACCAUGACCCUCAAACGAUGUGGCUGUGUUCCAUCCUAUGUAACCAAUAAUGGCAGCAUGAAGGUCUGCGGAAUAGCAGAUGCAAAUUGUUUAAUACACAGCAAAAGACUCUUUUCGCAUGCCUUGGCAAAUUUGAAUUUAUCACUAUCGAUAGUACGUCAAACUAGUCACUUUCCUUGUGAUUGUCUGCCCGAUUGUCAAUCAAAUCAUUAUGUCUCGGAGAGUACUAUGGGUAGACUUGAUAUGAGUUACUCGUUUAGUAGAAUAACCAAUAGCAAUCAGACGGAUAGCAUAUUGUUGCAUGUUUUCUUCAGCGAUCUGAUGAGUACUAGAUAUCGCACAGAUAUUUUUCAAAAUUGGCUAUCAGCUUUGGCUUCAUUUGGCGGCCUAUUGGGCUUAAUAAUGGGUUUCAGUAUUGUGACGGCAUUUGAGUUCAUCUAUUUUCUGACAUUUCGUCCCGUAUUUAACUAUAUUAAUCGGGAGUAGUUGCCUUUGCAGUGAUUGAUGAGCCCUGAAGAAAGGU